AACCCAGCGACUUCUCUGUCCAGGUUUCUACCACCGUUCCCUCAGAACAGUAGACUUGAGCAAGACGACGAAGAAGAAGAAGCUCGACAACUCGUUUACUAAGGUGAAACGUAGACUGCCCUCGAAUCGUUUCAUAGGAUAAUAAAUUUGCAACCAGGUAGAGACAAGUAUAAAACAUUUCCCGUGGAGUGAUAGUCAGAAAGAAGAGAAUUCAAGACGUUGAGACUAAAUGGCGGGGUCUCUUCCCCUCUCCUCCCUUCCCUUCCCUUCCUCCCCUCCCUGGUCUCUUUCAAAAACACACUCCAACCCUUGCCGAGAGGUCCUCAGAAACCUCCAGCACCCUUUCACUGCGAUUUCCUCUUCAUCUCUUCUUCUGUUUUUGCCGCCUCAAGGACAGAGUCAACAGCUCACGCUGCAUUCCCAACAGCGCAGCGCACUGGACCCCCUGCUCGAUUCUCAACGCCUUCUGACAACAAACACACCAGACACCCCCCCCCCUGAGACCAGGUGGCCAUUCUUGGCGUUGAUCAUGAUUCUUGCAGGGGAGGGAGGCGCCCGUCUGUUGUUCGCCUCCCAUCUGAUUUUUUCUUGUUCUUUGAAAACUCAUGGACUCGCCUGUUGAAAACACAACCAAGGAUACCCAUACGCAAAGGGACGGAACCCCAGGGCUACCGAGGUACUUCCGCGCGGGUUGGAAGAUAGAUAAGUCUACCCCUCUAGGCAAACACCCCAAGCUUUAUGGGAGCUCUUCCCUUGAAUUUGCCAUCUCA